UGGUCAGUAUCCUGCUGGAUGAAGCCUCCAAGAAACUCAGAUGAAGUGGUGGAGUAAAUGGAUUUCUCGCCACAUAGCACCAUCGAAAGAAGAGAAAUCAGCAAUUGAAGGCUAACAAGCAUUUCCACACUUCAGUGCAUUAAAUUAGCUCAAGUAGUAGAUCAAACAUGGUGCAUGUCUACAACUGCCACCCUUUCUGCUCACAGCAGAUACUACAGGUGGAGCAGGAGCCUCGACUGGUCUGCUGUGGAGGUGGAGUCCUGUUUGUUGUGGCCACUGGAGGAUGCAAGGUGGAGGCUUACAAUCUGGAGGUGGAGGGCUGUCCUCUCAUAUGUCGCUUUGCCACCAUGGGCACUGUGAGGAGCAUUCAGCACAGCACAAUAGGAGACUAUUUGGUGACCAUUGAGGAAAAGAACAGCGCCACUUACUUGAGAGCCUACACCAACUGGCGCUACCAGGCUGAGGAGAAAGCCCGUGUUGGGGUGCGCUUGUUGGGUCACCUGCUGCGUGGGGCGUCUCAACGGGGCGGAGUACAGAUGGAGAUCAUUGAGAUCCCUAUGUCAGAGCGCCCUGUCGCCGUGGCGUGUUGCCCGGUAACAGGUGACCUUCUGGUCGGCUGCCACAAGACACUGGUUCUGUUUACUUUGAGGAGACCGAACCAGCAGAACCUGAAUCAGAGUCAGCAGAAUCUUCAGAGCUUGUGGACAAACACUCAGCAGAGCUCCAGUCAGAGUCAAGGUCAGACCUCAAGUUCAAACCAGAAUAUUUCCUUUUUGGACUUUGAGCGCUCCGUCAUCUUGCAUGUGCCAGGAAUGAAACCUAAACAGGUUGCACUGUGUGGAGGAUACGUGGCGGUGCAGGCAGAGCUGGAGGUGCUGGUGCUGAAACUGGAUGCAUCGACUGAACCUAAAAGCCAGGAUGAAUCAUCAGAGCCACAUAAAAGUGAUUAUCUAGAAGACCAGGCUGACUUUCUGCUCCUUCCAAAACAUGGAGAGUUGCUCGGUGACAGAGCUAAAGACUGCGACAUCCCUGUCAGCAUAGAAAAGACCGGGCUGGAGGACAGAGGACAAUACACCCUGUCCUAUGUGCUCUUCAGGCGUUUUAGUCCAGACUACUUCCAGGGCUGCAGUGUGGAAGAGACACAACUUCACUCUCUACAGCUCCACCCACUGUUCACCAGUAACCAGUCAGUGUCUGCUGAUGAACCAGCAUGCAUCUUCUGCUUCUUCUCUCUUCCCACCGCCGGAUACCUAUACAGUCUGAAGGGUGGAGUCGAGCUUAUCUCAGCCUAUCAGUAUCCAGAGAAGGUCCUGGAGGCGGUGCUAACAGACCAUCUGCUACACGUCAUAACCAAGAGUGCUUUGCAGUGCUUUACGGUGCGCUGUGCUGCAGUAGCUGCCAGGAUUGAAGACCCUUACAUCGAUUCCACCAUGAGGGCCUGUCCGCCCUCCAGCCUCGAGGUGUGUGCGCUCAGGAUGCAGCUGUUCAUUGGCUUGCGCUCAGUGUGUGUCUUCGGCCGUCAUGUGGUGCUACUCUCCGCUGCAGAUGCAGAGACACCAGAGGAGACCGAACGCAACAAUCAGCGCAGGAGCCACGAGUUGAAAGAGCACACCAUGCUGACUGGUAUUUUCCUGGCGGUAGGAAUCGAUCCCGCUACCACGCCGGCUCUGGAGAGCCUUCUAUCACGCCCCUUCCUGAGCAGGAAGUGGACAGUCUCAUCUCCCAAAGAGACCAGCACGGCCGGACAUGGAUGGAACCUCUAUGUGGUCGACACCGUCUCCCCCAUCACUCUCUACCAAGAGAUGGUUGAAUACAGCCAACGUUACGCAGAGACCAACCCACAGGCCCAAAGUCUGCGGCACCUCUUCAGUGAAGCUCACCUCCUCGUCCGCGCCUCCUUACUGCAGCCAUCAGAACAGCAACAGAACAGCGAGGGCGUCCCAGCGGUGUCUCUGCAGACAGAUACAGACGGAGAGAGACAGACAGCUGCACAGACAGACAGACAAGAACUGGAGAAGGCAUUAAGGGAGAACUGUGCUCAGCUGGGAGACUGUUUCAGCAGGAGCAGCCAGAAGGACUGUCACUUGGCUCUACCUUACUACAGGAUGUCUGGUCUGUCAGUCACAGAGGUCAUGGUCAGGAACCGCCCCCUUCCCAGCAGCCCACACACCUACGGCCCCGGCUUCCUAUUUUACCUGAAGCAUUACCUGUUAGAAGAAUCAGAGCAGAUCCUCAGUCAGGAAGCAGCUGAUGAGGUCAUAGACAUUUUCAGCCAAUCAGAGCCCUCACAGCUCGUCAGCGUGUGCGCCAGCCCAUCCAUGACGAACGUCAGUCCCGAACGGACGCUGCAAAUCUUGCGACAUCUGGAGGACAGCGCUGGCGUGUCGGUGCCACUGACGAUCACCAUGGCAACCAUGCUGCUACGCUUGGACAACCUGCCACAGUACGCGCAGCUGAUGGAGAGACACACUGAGAUGCUGCUGGUUUACGGGUUCAUCGAGGAGCCGAGGCUGUUGCUGCACGGUGGAGGUGGAGGCCAGCACACACAUGUGCGGACCACAGCGCUGAGUCAGCAGCUGGCAAAAUCCCAGCCAGGACUGCUGGUGGCCGGCAUGGUGGCGCUGCAUGAGAACAACAAAGUUCAGCUGGAGCAGGCCGACCAUAUAUUCAAGGAGCUGGGCUGUGAGAAUUGCUUACAGGUGGAUUUCUGGGAGGGGAUGCUCAUGGCCUCGUCACAGGAAGCUGUCAUCCAGGAGCUUCUUUUCCGAGUGUCUUCUGUCUACAUCGACCGACUGAUACAGACAAACUCAGAUACACUCACCAACCCUCCACACAGACAUCCAACACGAAGGUCACUGAAGAGCGCUGACGAUCUGAUCAACUCUUGCACGCAUUACGGUGCUCUGUACCCGUGGCUCACUGUUCUCAGUCCAGCUCACACUACCAGCUCUCAACACCAGGAGGCGUUACACAAACUGCAGUCUCUGCUGUGUGGUCCGUCCCUGUCUGUGGGCUCUGUCGUGCCUCUGUUGGAGUGUCUCUCAGACGAAACCUUAUGGGGCUUCAGCCUGCACCUUCUCUGCACCACCAGAAGGGGGCAGUAUGAUAGCAGUAUUGAAAAGCUGCUGGACCGUUGCCCUCAGGCCAUCAUAGCUUACGCCAAUCACCAGUUACAAGACAAAUACAUGGUGUUAUGGUGGCAGAAGCUGCUCCCAGAGCUUUGUAACCGGACAAGAGCUGCUGCAGACAACAGCAUCCUACUGGCUGCUCUUAAAGAGACACUGGUCGUGGUUGCCAUGGAGAUGAGCCCUGCUGAGUUCCUGGAGCUGAUACCUGACGAUGGCACCGCCUCAUACUUCUUGCCUCACUUGUUGACAUGUAGCCAGAGACACCUGCUUGCAUGACAAGCAAACAAUUGAUCAAGAUGAGUCAUUCAUCCAAACUGACACCUUGAAAAAGCUGCAACAAAGCAGUUGGGAGUUCAGAGCUAUGAUCAAAGAAACCUCAAUACAAUCAGCCCUUUAGUAAUAUGUGAGCGUCAUGCAAUUAAAUUAAGCAUUUUACAGUAUUAGUGGCUCUGGUGAUGUAUUCUGUUUUUAUUUUAGCUGAUGAAGUAGAUACAAACUAGAGCAUUAUAUAACAGAUACUCAAUAAAAAUGGUUUUAGGUCUUCUGCAGGUUGAAAUGUUACUGAACUACACAGUCCGCCUUACAUUAUGCUUCUCUUUUCCUGGAUUUUAGUUUGUUGUUUGGACGUGGAUUUUACUUUGCAUUUCCGAGUUGUGUGUGCAAUUCAAAUUGUAACAUUUAAAAAAACAAACAUUUGGAUCCACUGGUGCUACAGCUGCAGAGAGACAUUUUUAAAUAUAGUCCAUACCUGUUGCUAUGGGCUUUAAUGUCUAGCCACUAUCACAAUUUAUGUAUAUUUAUUACUCUUUGAGCCAAUAGAGAUUUUAGGUUUGUAGCCCUAAAGUUAGGAGUUUUGAGCACUUUUGAAUCCCUCACUACAUUUUUUUAAAAAUAUAUUUUGUCCUCCACAGGAUUUUUUUUCGUACGUUGUAUGCUGAGAUGUGUGGGGAAUAAACACCUUAAGAGUU